GGCAGGAGAAAUCUCAGCCGCCCAAGUCUUUGGCCGAUAAAUUGAAAACGUCGAAGUCAGCUUCGGACAUUUCACAGGGGACCUUGCUUAAUGGUGAAGACGAUCAGGUUGAAAUAAACAACUUAAAAGAACAUUGUCUCCAAGCAAUUAAAGAACUUAGCAAUAACUCUGAUAUAAAUGCCGAGUUAGACACGAAGUUAAAUGAUAUUAAAUCAGGAGUAAUCUUUGCUAACUCGGGAAUGAAGAUGAAACCUGAUAUAAAUUCAACCAAACCUGUUGUAAUAAACGACAAAUAAUGAACAAAAUAAUACUAAACCAGAUGUGAAUGAUGUCAAACCCGAUCUCGAUGCGAUGAAAACUGGAGUAAAUGGUAGCGGACAGGAAGUCGUGAAAAGAGAUGCGAAAGUUCCAAAACCUCGCCGAAAACGAGACAGCUCAACCCUUUUCGACAUUUCAUUAGACGACAUCACCGAGCCUGACCACUCCGGCUUCCUUACCGAGAAGCAUUCUGGGAAAGAAUGGUGGUGUGUUUUGCAAGAUCAGCAUUUGUGUAUGUUCCCUUCCCAGAAUCCUCAAGAGCUCGCUUAUGACGUAUUACUCGUGCCAUGCUGUGAAAUCUCGCUGGACGAUGUGUAUACGGAGUCCCCAGUGUUCCGCCUCACCCAGGUAGGUUCGACACCCUGGGUGUUUUCAGCCGGUAUUGAGAGAAACCUCCGGGCCUGGAUACGCGCUCUGUACCGCGCAUGCGGGAGAGACGAUGCUGACUGGAGCUUGCGCAGUUCGAAGAAAGGUCGCGGAAGAAAGGACAAGAAACAAAAACGAAACAUGAAAGUCCUUACAUCGACCAUAGAUGAGUCAGAGGAAGUGGAGGAAACGGAAGAAUGUGUUGAAGAAGGAGAGAAAGAUGAAGCAGAACAGAAGAAAAUAGAGGGAGUUGACGAACAAAAGAAUCAGACGAAGAAGGAAGAGCUAUCGAAGAGUGGACAAGAUUGUGAAGAAAAAGAUUUGGCAAAUGUCGCUGGGUUUAAAGAUUCAGUUGUAAAUCAACAUGAUGAAGAUGCUAAGUCUGAGAAACUGGAGGAAAAGGUGAAAAUUGAGUCUUCUUCAGAAGUUAGUAAACAAGGAGUAGCCAGCGAAGCAUUUCAGAAAAACGAAAGACAAAAACCGCCUGAGGAUGGAAAUUUUGCCGACGAGAAAUGUUUGGGUAAACAAGGGAGUGCUAAUGAGAACGGAAGUCAAACAACGUGCCCAGCAAAUAUCUCUUUCAACGAUGAUCACAGUGAUUAUGUCAUUUCCUUGCAAGAAGCAGAGAAGAGCGAAAGACGACAAUCAGAUUGCUCCGAGAAUCCAAAAAUCCUUAACCUGGAACGUAAGGCGACAAAAAAACGUAUAAAAAUGUUGCGCUGGUUGAAAAAAGCGUUUGUCGCCAAGGGGCAAGAUGAUGCGACAAUUAUUGGGGAUAUCUAUAAAAUCGAAAGCCCUGACAAACACGUGAAACUUUGGUGCAUGCUUCGUGACCGCCAGCUGUACGGCUACCAUCAUGUUUCGGACACGACCCCCGUUUUCAAGUUACCGCUGGACAAUUGUAUUGCGGUCCCACGUACCAAUGUUCCUGGCAAAAAGCACGCAUUUGAUAUCGAAAAGGAGGGGGUCAAGUUGGCAACGUUUGCUUCACAGACCGCUAAAGAACAAGCCAGGUGGAUAGAUAUUGUAAAAAACAGGCGAGGAACGAUUCGCAUUAGAGAAAUUGCAGAUGACAGCGGAGAAGAAGCUGAGGACUCGAGCGAAGAUGAGGAUAACUAUGUGAAAGUGGACGACAUACCUCAAACAGCUGCUAAAUUCCAAGCGUCAGGAGAAUACGUUUUGCCCAUGUCAGAAGACUCUAAAUAUGACGACGCUGGGUACAUUUCCGUUAUUGCCUUAGAAAGCGAAGUCGACCGUCGCAACUCGUAUAGAAAACAAAGAAAAUACAAUCCGAACAUCCCCAACAAGUACGGAAUUGAACAUUUAAUCGAAAAGGAUACACCUUUACUUAUAUCGACAAUACCCCGCGAGUCACAGGGGCAAUGUAAGAAUCGUUCGCCCGCACCCCUGCCCAGGGAUUUAGCCCUGCUUUCGGGCAAACCAAAAACGGAAGUCUCAAAAGGUUUGCCUGCGAUUCAAGUAGACCGCGGCAUAGAGAAAGAGCCUGGGAAUGGAUCAGAUGAAGGACUCGAAAAUAGCAUGGAUUUAAAUAACAACACAGACGCAGAAUGCUUAGAAGAGGUUAAUCCCGAUGACGAAGAAUUAUCGAGCGAUGACGAGGGAAUCUUUCACUGUCAGAUGACAGCGUCGUCAUGGUUGGCAGAUAGCCCGCCAAGUCAGGCAAGGUUUGGCCCGUGUACUCAGAAUAAAAUUGGAGCGUGGAGGCCUGAAACGAACGAUAAAACUCAGUUCCUUGAAAUUGAUAUAGGCGAUUUCAUGACAGUUGGUGCAAUUGGUGUUAAAGGCAGACCCGAUUUUGACGAGAAAGGAGGCGAAUUCAUCAAAUCUUUCACAGUUCACUACAGCAUUGAUAAAGAGACGUGGAUACCGUACAAGAGUCACGGGAAAGUGAAGGUAUUCCAAGGUAUUACAAGUGCUAGUCAAGAAUGCAAGAAAUAUUUCAAAAGCAAAACAACAGCUCAAUAUUUUCGCGUCUAUCCUCAGUCUUGGCAAAAUCAUAUUGCUCUACAAGUUGCUUUAUACAAGGUUGAUAUUGGGUCGAGUACCUUGAAGAAGAGUGGUGACAAAUUAACGCUAGCCUCCCCUACUAGAAGACCACUUCUGAAGAAGAAAGAUAUUUCAGAUCCCAUGCACCCGUCCAGCGAUUGUCUUCGAACUGAAUUAACAGAGCCUGCAACUUUCAUAGACACUGGCAGAAAAUCCCCGAGCAAUAUCGAGCCACAAAACUGCAUAGAAAACCCAGCAUCGAUGGAGAGCCGUGCGAAACUGAAAGAAAAACUUCUCAUCAAAGAAAAGCGGGAACAAAUCACGAAACUUGAAGUUUUGGCAAAACUCGUAGACAUGGCCAAGGACAAGAUGAUCGUGAAUUCCUCAGGUCAACUCAAACGGGAAGCCAUUGAAACAGAGCACGAUUAUCUCGUUGCAAACUUAGAACUUGUCAAAGCCAAAAAGCGACUCAUAGAUAUCGAAACGGAAAUCAGAGAACUGCGAGUAUUUGAGGAGAAGAAUCGUAGCGAAAAACAAGACGAGCAAGAGACCCACGAAUCCCACGAAGCUGCACCCGAGUCCCACGCUGCCCGCGAAGAGGAGGAGGCCCUUCAAGUGCAGGUGGGUCACGUGGCGGCGCAGGAGAAACCAGAGAGCCGUGAAGAUCGUGAAAUACAAGAAUCCAAUGGCAAUGAGGUUGAUUUGCCAAAAGUGAAACCACGGCCUGCAAAACCCCUCAAACGAAGACCUAGUAAAGAGGUGAUGGUGUGUACCGACGUCGUGUUACCGGAAGUAGAUCCCGAGGGGUUCAAUUCCGAGGGAGAACCUCCACCCGUAAGAAAAGUUUUAGAUAAUGUAAAGCUUUUCGAAAAGUUUCAAAAUCAUCCCCGAUAAAGAAAUGUAUCAUUCUCGAUUCUGGACUCUGGAGCUUUCUGAUCCGGAUCUUUCGUAAAUUAACUACUAAAGUUGGCCAUGCAAUAUCUAAGACAAUAGUGCGCCUUAGCGGCCUAGAUACUAAGUAGGCUUAUAGACAAAGAAAAAAUGUUAUGAAGAGAGAAAAACAAAAGUAGCCACCGUAAAGUAGACUGGAUUAAUUUUGUUUUAAAAAGAUCGAUUGUACAGAUGUUAGAAUAUGUAAGAAUGAAAUAAGUACAUAAAUAGAAGCAGUAAGAAUAUAAUAUUACAGUGAAUUUUGAUUGUAUAUAUC